CAGUGACGGGCGGGAUGGUGCUCAGCGUCACGGGGCCUCGAGCUCCGUGCUGCCGGCCAACCGAGGAGGAUCAGGAGAUAGACGGCAUGAUCCAGAAUAUGAACAGCUCUGCGUUCCCCCGCGUGGUUACCGGGAUUACCGGCGCGGAGCCCCCUGCCCAGUCCAGGCUGUACAGCAGCUGGGCCGUGUGUGGGGAUGAAGCCUUGAAGUCGCCUUUACAGAAAUGCCAAGAGAAUCGGUCGCGUUAUAGCUUCUCGGACCCCGGGACGCGGUUAGACAUGCUCGGAUUGGUCUCCGGUAUCCCAGAUGAAUCCAACAAUCUGGAGCCGGUGACAGACUGGGAUUUACUGUCUAGGCUUUUCCCCCCAUUAUGGACUUCAGAGGUGGAUGAGCCUAAGGACUUUUCCGUACAUCUGCCUAACCCCCUUCCGGUUGUCGGUGACGAGAUUCACGGAGAGCCCAUCAGGACGUUGCCAAACAUGGAGAGCCUGCAAAGAGGGUUUGAAGAUUUAGGGCUUUUGGAGUCAUUUGUCCCCCAUCCGGAGCCUCAGCUGGAUAACCUCCUCAACGAUGUUUACUCCGAGGAGAGCUUUCAGCGGAACGAAGAGUCUCCCCAGCACGGCGGCGAUUACGGGAAGUUUACCGCCAUGAGUUACGGCUCCACGGUCGGCGGUCAUUGGGCCAAAGAGUACGCUGGCUUUCCAAAAAAUAUAUGCAAAGGGGAAAAGGGAAGGAGAAAGUUUCUGAAUUCAGUGGGUCAGAGUAAUUAUUCCUCUGGCUCUAGUGAUGGAUGGACUAAAGAAAAUCACCUUAAAGCCUGCGAUUUUAUGCCCCUGGGUAUGAAACCAUCAACACAUCAAUAUAAUCAAGAGUAUUCUAAAGGGAGAGGCGUUCAUGCCCUCUCUCAAAGCAGAGCGUACAGCGAAGAGUCAGAAAGCAAAUUCAUUAACGUUCCAAACGUGUGCUUUGUGGACUCUUCUGAGGUACGUCACAAUGAAAACCUUCAUCCCUCUUGCUUUGGGAGCCGGUGGUUAGAUGGUGAGUUGCUGGCAAACCAGAAACCAGCGACAAGCCCUCUUCCAUCUUCCACGAGCUCUUCCUUGUCAGACGGCUCUCCCACGCAUCGUUCUCUGUCCCAGCAGAGUUAUUAUUCCCACGCUUCUUCAGGACCCGCUUCACCAGAAAGUGGGCAAACACCAAGGACUGCUCCUGCCAACAAGAUGCCCUUUUCCAGCUUUAUCGAGGAAAAUCAAAGACCCACAAAGCCAUUUGGCCCGUUGUCUCCUGGCGAAGACGUCGUGCGUCCAGAAAUACCGGUUGGUUUCCCAGGGUAUCCUGCACAGGGGUAUCACCGGUUACCCAGAAAAACAAACCCCCAGCAGAACGUAAACGCCGAGCGGAGAGGAAGACGGAGCGGUCAGCAGGGAAAUGUUCAUCAGAAUCCCCAGCAGUUUAAUUUCCGUCGGAAGCAAGAGCCAAAUGUUGGCAACAUGUCGGACUUCAUCAAUACCUCCUUUCUUCCUCCUUUCGCGUUAAUGUCUGAUAACAAACAAAGUCAGAAUUAUCCUCCCUUCAACCCGCAAGCCUAUACUCCGCCAACAAACUUACCGUUUCCGCCUCCGACGCUCCCGUUCUCUGACCUCUUUGACCUCCUUCACUACGAGGACUUGAAUCGCCUGAACCCUUUUCUAAGCGACUUGCUUUGUAGCGAGCUUCCUCCUCCUCCUCCUCCGUAUAUUUCAUUCCCGGCCCCGUUCAGCAAGUGUCGGCCUCAAAGAAACCGCAGCGGGCCGGCCAGCGAGUUGCACGUUCAUCUGGAGGAGUGCUCUGAGCAGUUGCGAGCUCUCGAGAAGGAAAGGAAAACGACAGAAGCAGAACUCGGCCGACACUUUCCUGGCAACAGAGCGCCCGGCUCAUACAGCUCGGCCAUCCCGAGACUUCCCACCAAUCCGUCCCGAGUGGACCGUCUGAUUGUUGAUGAAUUCCGAGAACACGCUCGGGCUGUGUCGUUGGUUAAAAUCAUGGAAAGAAUCUGCAGCUGCGCUCUUCACGUGAAUAUAACGCUGGCCCUCGAGCAUCACCUGGAAGCGAUCCGCUUGACGCAAUCGCGGCGCAAAGAUGAGAUCGUGAAUGCCGCCAAUCGCCAAAAACAAGGAGCGCCCAGAUACAAUAAUGAGAGGGAUGUUCUUGCUUUGGCCGCUGCCAUAAAAGACAUGGCGGCUUCCACUCGAAGGGCCAGAACCGCCUUAUGGUGCGCGGUGCAGAUGACGUUGCCGAAGUCUUCCUCCGGCUCUGCGGUGACCCAGGAGGAUCUGGAGAGAGCCCUGCAGGAGCUGUUUCCUACCAAGGCUGGGAUCUGCGCCGACAUUAAAGAUGGCAAAAGAGGCAGUGAAUAA